UUUCCAGAAGAAGACAGACUUCCCCACGUGAUGUCGUACAAUCAUGGCCGCCUCCUGAGUGCAAAGAGAAAAUGUCACAACGACGAACAUCAUUUGGUUUUGUUGAACAUAGACUAGUAUAUUAAUUUCAGACACCUAUUAUACAUGCUAGUAAAAAUGUUUAAAGCAACAGCGCAAAGAGUUAGCACGUCGGCUUAUAAAAUAACUCAAAACUGUAAAUCAAAAGACAGUCAUAGUGUCCUCAUUAUGAUUCCUCAUGGACGUCGCUGCUUAUCCACCAGCUCUUGUUUAUAUGGGAAGAUUCUUCCGAGAAGAAAACCUCGAGUGGUCCAUGAAAUAUCCGGACUGGAGCCGAUCACUUAUGCCGACAGGAUGCACUUCGUCCCUGGACUGGCAAAGCCGAAGUUUCCUCCUUGGGAACGUGGAUGGAAAGAACCGAAUCACUAUCAGUCCCCUAACCUAGAAGAUAUGCCUCUGUAUAAAGAUAAACCAUGUUACAUAUUCAAUCAGAGGACGAAUGUGCUGGAAGGUGUUCGACAAGCCCUCUGGCUCAGUAAGUCAGUCCUCAUUAAAGGGUUACCUGAUCAAAUUCUCACCCUUGCUGAAGAUCCAGCCAAUCAUAUUGAGAAUCAAGAUGAGAGAGUACAGAACGCCAUUAAAAAUUCCAGACUGUGGGACACCACAGAACACCGGCCACCCAGAGAAAGGUUCUGUCCCUCGCUCUUAAACGGACUGCUUCACCUGUGUGGAGGCCUGCAGGUCACUCAUCCUGAGCUGGCCAAGAGGAUUCUUGCUGAGAAAUACAGUUUAGCAGCGACCUGGAGGAGAGGAGAGGACGUGUUUCAGGUCAGAGGUCAGAAUGGGUUGCUGUUGAACUCCAUGACCCCUUUACCGGUGGUGGCUGGACAGGAGCAGAUCCAGAGCACUGCUGAUCAGGCUCUGGAGACCUUCUAUCCCAUUGCGCCCACCAUUGACCUUCAGAACACACAUGUUUACCAGGAGAAGAACGACACAGGAUUCAGAAAGGACUAUCCUUACCCUCAUGCCCACACUCUCUUCCUGAUGGAGAUGGGAAAUACCCCAAAACUCCUUCCUGAACAGCUCCGUGCUAAAAUGGUAAUGUUCACCUUUGGAAAUGCGCUGGCUCGAGCACAAGCCUUGUAUGGGAAGGAGCCCAGUGUCCUGGAGAAGCCCAUCGUGGUGCAGAGCGUGGCCACUAAUGGCCGUCUCUUCCAGUUUGUGGUGUUUCAGCUUAACACGACUGACCUGCAGUCUGACAGUGGAGUGAAGAAUCUGGCAUGGGUGGACGAGGACCAGCCUCUCUAUGAGUUUGCCAAGGUCAAGCCUCUUAUCAAGAAGAAAGUUGUGCAGGUCCCUGCUGGUUUGUCAGGAUAUCAGCCUAACACCUUCAAGAAGUUCCUGGCACUCUACUUACAUGGAGCAGUGUGAACAGACCAAAGCACCUUUGCCAGAAUUAUGCCAGAGUUAUUUCAAUAUGUCAAACUCCCAUAAUUGAAAAAAUAAUUAAGAACUGUGAAUAAAAUGUUGGCAGUUGAGACUAACCAUGACUGU